GCGAGAUUUGACGAGAAGAGACAUGUCGGAUCGAGACAGGGCGAACAACAACAACCGAAAAAUACCGAAGUCCGAAAGGGCCGCACUUUUCUUACGAAAAAUCCACCAAACUUGCGCCGCAUCUACAGAAAAGUGACAGAAAAUACGACGGCGAGGACACUGACGGCGUUUUUCCCGGCUAUGGAGGAGAAUAAAGAGGGGAGCGGGAGCGGGAGCGACGCGGCGGAAGUUUCCGUGCUAGCCGAGCAGGGCCCGAUCGGCCUUGCCGAGGCCGAGGAGCUCCCGAGCGGCGACGAUUCCGCCUUUAGCGAGGCGGGCGACCCUCAUCCCGUGGCGGUGUCCACCGUGAUCCCGACUACCUGCACGCCAGUCACCGUCACCUCCGUCUCAGAGCAGGCCAUAUCACAAGUAUUCCAUGGCACGACACCCACCCUCCUCACCACAGAAGCCUUGCACGAUGGACAGAAGACAACCUUCAUCGUUGUACAAGACUCCAGUUUGGACUCCGGGCUUAAAACCCCCGCUACACCCCUCACCCCAGCUACCCCUGCUACACCUUCAGAUGGCAGACCAAGCUCCUUUUUCAGAUACACCUGGGACGACACCAUCAACCUCCCAGUCUUACCUGUCAGAUGUCGCAACACCAGCGGGGAGCUGUACAAGUCCAAGCUGGGAUCAGGUGGCCGAGGCAAGUGCAUUAAAGUGGGUGAUGUCUGGUACACACCGAGCGAGUUCGAAGCCUUAUCCGGCCGCGCUAGCAGCAAGGACUGGAAACGGAGUAUCCGAUACGGCGGGCGAACGCUGCACACCCUGAUCGAGGAGGGCGUCCUGACCCCCCACGCCACGUCCUGUACCUGUGCAGCCUGCUGUGAUGAUGAAAGUGUGGUGAGUGACUCUGGCCCUGUGCGACUGUUUGUGCCGUACAAGAGAAGAAAACGAGACUCCACGAGUGAACCGCUCACACCCACAAAAAAGGUUCCCCGUGGGUCCCUGUCCAAACCUCCCACCCUACAGCCUUCCAACCUAGCCAAGGAUGGCACAGUGACGAUCACCACCACCCCUACAGGCACAGUGAUCACCCAGCGCGGCUCAGUCAGCCUGGACGUGGGUGGAUCUGGAGACACGGUCAACACUCCCACCUUCGAGUCGCCCGUCAAGUGGGGCACCGCAAACUUCGAGACUUCUCCGUCUUCUGGAGAGAACCACACCCUGGUGAUCACCCCCAUCCCCCCUCCCACCCCCAAGUCUGCCACUCCCACACUCACUAGUGUGGACGUCAUGGAGCAGAAACAGUGGUGGCAUCUCGAGGAGAUGGUGGGCAGUAUCAUCCAGCAGGCGCAGCAGCUGAAGAACAUGAUAGAACAGGCCAAGCAGCAGUGUCAGGCAGCUAAGGAGUCUGCCCUCGCUCAGGCCAGAAUACAGGCAGAGACGGAGAAAAAAGAGGUUUUAUCCCAGGCGAGAGUGGAGGCACAGAUCCAGUUGGAGAGAGCGUUGAUGGAGUCUCGAGCAGAGAAAGACAGCGCAGUGGCUCAGGCGAUCGCUCAGGCACGGGCUGACAAGCUGGAGGCUGUAGCUGAAGCCAAGCAGGGGCAUCUCAUCAAGGAGUUUGGUACCCUACAGAAUGAGACGAUAACAGUACGAGUUGUGGAUGAGAACAGUAUAAACGAGUCUGAAGAAACGUCAGGCGAACAGGGGACAGAAGCAGACAAGGACUAGCAGGAAACUAGGUAAUGGUGGACAAUAGCAGCUUGAAGCAAUGUCUCCGAUGGGUAGAGUACAGAGCACCUUAACUGGACAACCAAGAGGAAAACUUUACUGGUCAGGUUCACGGUUGGAAACUUGGAUAAGUGUGACAAUAGAUCAAGAGACGCUCAUGUACUGAAGGACUGGAAUAUAUAACUGU